AGGGUAAUAUAAUUAUACAAAAUGGAUGUGUCGAUUUGGAUCGAAAAGCUCCUCGCCUCUUUUGAGAACUGUGAGGUCGCCACUAUUAUUAAGCUUAUAAAGGAGCCAAAGAUUACUAAUGUGAGGGAAGAUAUUAUAGGUAUGAAGGUAGCACAGAUUAUUGAUGAUGAAGAUGACCAGAAGAACUUCACUGAGUUCGCAUUUAAUUUAGCUAAUUAUCUCAUCCUUGAGAAGUCCCAGAUGGAGAUUCUUAAAGCCUUUAGCUUCCUUGAUACAGCAAUUAGGAGGUACAUGACCUUUUAUAGGUCUUCUGUAGUUUCUGGCUCUUGGUCGAUCAAGUUGAUCGAAACCUUUUGAAAAAUGAUCAGUAAUAUUGCAUACCCUGCUGAGAAUAAGUAUCAAAAAGUUAAAGAGGAGACUAAAGAUGUAGCAGAAAGUCCGCUUAAGAUGGCCAAGACCUGCCUCGAGAAUAUCUUCAGUAAGUGCCAGAUUAUCAAAGAGCAAUUUCCUGAUUCAAGAAAAAUGGGAGCCUUCUAUGCAGUCAUUCAUGUCUGUGAGAUGUAUUUCAAGGAAGGUAAAUUCAGGAUGUGUCUCAGAUUCAUUGAUUGGGUGAAUAAAAUGCAAGAUGGAUUCGAGCAUCUCCCAGAUUAUGUAAAGUCUUCAUAUUACUAUUAUGAAGGUCUUUUGUAUCUCUUCAGAUACAAAUAUCUUGAAUCCGAGAAGAGCAUGAACCUUUCAGUUAAGAACUGCACUAAAGAAAAAGACAAAUUCUUUAGAAACAUUCAGCUUUACUUCAUUCCUUUAAACAUGAUGCUUGGUAUCUUUCAAGAAGAGGAGAUGCUUGAAAAGUUCAAUUUCCCAUACUACAUUCAAAUUAGUAAGGCAUGUCAAGAAGGCUCUCUUGGUAUGUUUGAAGCUGAGAUGGCCAAAUAUGAAAACAAAUUCCUUAAAAUUGGCAUUUUCCUGUUCAUGGAAAAACUUAAGAACAUAGUUCUCAGGAAUCUUUUCAAGAAAGCUUAUGAGGCUAACCAAUCUAAUCAUAUCAAUCAGAUUGAGACUCUUGUAGAUCAAUACAACAAAUCCUUGGAGGAUGUCAAGAGCGAAGAUUAUACAGUUGAUGAGUAUGACAAGGUUGAUAAAAUUGGCAUGGAAUGAAUCCUGUCUGGUCUCAUCUACAAAGGAUAUAUCAAAGGGUAUAUCUCCAAUGAGAAAUCUAUUCUGGUCCUUUCAAAGAAAGAGCCAUUCCCUGAACUUAGAGCAGUCGUUGAGACUAAUGGACACAACAUCUAAUUCUCCAUUUCAAUGUGUUUAGAUAGCUGA